AUGGGUUCCGGGGGAUCAAAAUCAACAAAAACCAACGAUGACCGAGACCAUCAUCCUGAGGUCAAACGAGAGGUGAGUCCUGAGGAGUCCAAAGAAGAGGAGAUUAAAGUUGAAGAUUAUCAGACCAUGGACGAUUUAGCACAUGCUCUGACAGACGGAUUAACAAAUGACGUGCAAAGGGUCCGCGCAGUCUUCACCUGGAUUGGUUUACAGGGGGCAAGCAAAAUUAAAUCUAAAAUAGACAACAGAAACCAAGAUGUCAUUUCACCCCACAUCAUUGUACAACAAGUUGCACAAAGAAAGCUCUCGUACAAUUUCUUAUUCAUGAGCCUCUGUAGGGCAGCUAAGAUUCCAUGUGUACGAAUACGUGGAUUGGGGAAGAGUGUGUCCUACGAAGUAGGUGACAAAAAUGUUGACAAUCUGAACAACUCAUGGACAGCAGUAUUUGUAGCUGGAGGGUGGCACUUUGUGUUUCCGCUUUGGGCUUUCUCAGCAGUGGUUGGUCACUCUAAGGGUACUUGGACUCUAGUGGAAUCCCAAGGUGAAGGUGCCAGGGAGAAAGAAGAAAAAUCAUCAGGUCAAACAAUUAGCCAAAUUAAUGACUAUUACUUCCUGACACAUGCAGAAGAUUUUAUUUAUAAUUGUUAUCCUUUGGACAAAAAAUGGCAGCUUCUUGCAAAACCAUUCACCAAACAGGACUUCAUAGAUAUCGCAUAUUGUACACAAGACUAUUUCGAGGAUCAGCAUAAAAUUACGACACCGGCAAAAUGUGUAUAUACGUCAGUUCGCGGAGUAUGCGAAAUUGGGAUAAAGAAGUUAGACAAGGAAGAAAGUUCUUACGUAUACAAGCUGUAUUUCAACCAUGAGGAAUCAGGCACAACUCUUUCUUCUGAAAUACAGCUAGAGAGAUACGUAGCUAUAUUCAAUGAAGGACACUCAAUGCGAUUUCGUGUUCGGUUUCCCAGUGAAGGUAUAUAUAAGAUGGAAAUCUUUGGUGACUACUUGCUUCUUUGUGCAUUCAAACUUGAAUGUAACGAGGAUGUUAACUAUGUUAAACCAUUUCCUUGUAAUCCAGAGUCUGGGUUUGGUCCAAACUCCCAAACGGAGGAGGCGGGGCUCAAAGCACAAUCUCACAAAACGGGUUUCAUCAAUAUCAAACAGACAAAGAAUUUCAAUAUGACAUUUAAUGUUACUAAGAAUGUGCUAGUCCAAACAAUCUUGAUACACGAUAAUGUGGAACAAGAGACGCUGACGAAACACGUCAACCAUAAGAUAAAAGGCCAGGAGCUGGAUAUCAAUGUGAAUUUGCCUCAGAAAGGAGAAUAUGCUCUCCAGAUUAACACAAAAGACAAAGAUUCCGGUGGUUCAUUUGUGAAUGCCUGCAACUACCUUUUAACCUCAGAAAACAUUAACAAAAGCGGAAAUUUUUUACAGAAUGCAAUAGAAAAAAGAGCCAGGAAGGCAUUACAAGAGAAAGCUCAUUCCAAUGAUAUAGAGACUCUGCAAAAGGUCCUUGAUGACUUCGAUAAGGUUGAUCUGGAAGAUAAAGGUGAUCGCCAUAAAGUAGAAGAAAGACUGACGUACCUAAACCUGCGUAAAGAAUUAAUAGAUGCCAUUGCAAGAAGGCAUGGUGAGAAACUAAAAGAAGCAAUAGAAAAUGCGAAAUCAUCCGAAUACGAAGCCAAUCUUAAGUUUCUGAUUGAGGAAGCGGAGGAUUUGUUAGGGCAGUUGCAACGGCUGAAAGGAUUUGCUCACGACAUUCUAAAAAUGCAGCAGACAACUAUUUCAGAGAUCCACAACUACAAACGCCCAAAACCAAUGGCUUAUGACGUCAUGAAGGCUACAUACAUCCUUCUAGGGGAAGAGGAAAGGCAUGUUCAGGAAUGGGAGCAGAUACAAACAUUGAUGCGUAGGACAGGAAAAGAAGGGUUGUUAAGGCGCAUACGUCAGUUCGACAUUGUCCACGUGACUGAAAAUAUGAUAAAUCACUCCUCUCAAAUACUACGACCAUACGACGAAGAGAGAAUACGAGUUUCCAGUGCGGGUCUCGCUACAUUUUACAAAUGGGUAGAUUUAGAAGACACACUAGAGGGAUACCCUCCACCAAAGCCAAACUUCAAGAGAAAGGAGCAAAUUUUUACAGAACACGAUAAAACUGCAGCAGAUGCUAAGGCCGAACAAAUUGAAGUUGAAGAUUAUCAGUCCUUGGAUGACUUGGCGCAUGCUCUGACGGACGGAUUAACAAAUGACGUGCAAAAAGUGCGCGCGAUCUUCACUUGGAUUGGUUUACAAGGGUCAAUGGAAAAUACAUCUGAAGAGGACGGCAAUGAAAACCAAGUUGUUACCUCGCCAAAAGCCAUUGUACUACAAGUUACACAAAGAGAACUCUCGUACAAUUACUUAUUCAUAAGCCUUUGUAGGGCUGUCAAAAUCCCAUGUGUACUAAUACGGGGAGUGGGGAAGAGUGUGUCUUACGAGGUAGGGGACAAAAAUGUUGACAAUCUGAAAAACUCAUGGACAGCAGUGUAUGUGUCUGGAGGGUGGCACUUUGUGUUUCCACUUUGGGCUUUCUCAGCAGUGGUUGGACAUUCAAAGGGUACAUGGACUCUAGUAGAAACUGAAGGAAAAGGUGUUAGAGAAAAAGAAGAAAGAUCAUCAGGACAAACAAUUCUCUACAUAAACGACUAUUACUUCCUUACGGAGGCAGAAGAGUUUAUCUACAAUUGCUAUCCCGAGGACUCAAAAUGGCAGCUUCUCACGCGGCCGUUUACCAAACAGGAAUUCAUAGAAAUAGCAUGCUGUACACAAGGCUUUUUUGAGAAUAACUACAAAAUUACAACACCAAAUAAAUGUCUUUAUAGAUCAGUUCGCGGUGUAUGUGAAAUUGGAAUAAAAAAGUUAGACAAGGAAGAAAGCUUUUACGCAUACAACUUGUAUUUUAAUCAUGAGGAAUCAGACAAAACUCUUUCUACUGAAAUACAGCUAGAGAGAUACGUAGCCUUAUUUAAUGAAGGGUCCUCAAUUAGAUUUCGUGUGCGGUUUCCCAGUGAAGGCGUAUAUAAAUUGGAGAUCUUUGGUGAUGGUUCUCGUCUUUGUGAAUUCAGACUUGAGUGUAACGAGGAUGUAAACUAUGUAAAGCCAUUUCCUUAUAAUCCAGAGUCUGGGUUUGGUCCUAAUUCUCUAACAGAAGAUGCGGGCCUCCGAGCGCUGUCUCACAAGACCGGUUUUAUCGAUAUCAAACAGACAAUGAAUUUCAACGUUAUAUUUAAUAUAACAAAGAAAGUGUUAGUUCAAACAAUCUUGAUACACGAUAAUAUGGAACAAGAGACUAAACACGUGACCCAUAAGAUAAAAGGUCAGGAGCUGGAUAUUAGUGUUAAUUUGCCUCAGAAGGGAGAAUAUGCACUUCAGAUUAACGCAAAAGACAAAAAUUCCGGUGGUUCAUUCAAGAAUGCCUGCAACUACCUUUUGACCUCGGAAAAUAUCAACAAAAAGCGGAAGCCCUAUGAGAAUCCAAUAGAAAAAAGAAUCAGGAAGGCAUUACAAGACGUCACCAGUUCCAAUAAUCUAGAGGCUCUCCAAAAGGCUCUUGAUGACUUCGAUAAGAUUGAUCUAGAAGAUAAAGGGGAUCGUCAAAGAGCAGAAGAAAGAUUAGCGUACCUGAUUCUGCGAAAAGAACUGAAAAAUGCAAUUGCAAGAAGGAAUGGUGAGAAACUAGAAGAAGCAAUAGAAAAUGCGAAAUCGUCUGAGUACGAGUCCGAUCUUGAGAAUCUUAUUGAGGAAGCAGAGGAUUUGUUAUCACAGUUGCAAAAACUAAAGGUAUUUGCUCACGAUAUUCUGCAAAUGAAGCAAACGACAGUCUCCGAAAUCCAGACUUAUAAACACCCAAAACCUUUAGCUUAUGACGUCAUGAAAGCCACAUACAUCCUUUUAGGGGAAGAUGAGAGGCAGCUUGAGGAAUGGGAACAAAUACAAGCAUUGAUGCGAAAGACGGGAAAAGAAGGGCUGUUAAGACGCGUGCGUCAGUUCAACACUACCCAGGUGACCAAAACCAUGAUGCAACAAUCUUCUCAAAUACUUCGACUUUACGACGAAGAGACAAUUCGAGAUUCUAGUGCGGGUCUCGGUACAUUUUACAAAUGGGCGUCGAAUGUUAUUGAGGAAAUGACGACAUCAAAGGAUUCUUCGGGAGACUGA